UUGAGGGGGUGCCUCGCAAACACAUUUUGCAGUCCUAGGGCCUGGGAUAUUCCACAAAUAUCUUUACGAAUCUGGUGGUGGUGAUCUCUUGUCCUGUUGGCCCUAUUUUUCGCCUUUAUUUAAGUGUUCAGCUGUGGACAGUGGUUGGCAUCAAAUUGUGUACGUUGUGUGACAUUGCUUCGAUCCUAUCAACGGAUUUGUCAGCUGCUCAAAAUGGAAAAGUGAAAAUUCUCUGUUAAAUGUGGCCUCAGUAAAAACCCCAGCAGAACAAACAACUUCAGCAGCAAGAUAGAAGUCAUGGUCGCUUUCCUCGUGAGUCGAAUGAUCGGAGUGAAGAAAGAUUAGCGCCAAACCCCUGCGAAGCAGUAGCCAAAUUUCGGCAAGAUACGGCGGUGAUCGGUUGGCCCAUCGAUCAACACGAACUCCCAGCGAUAACACCGACGGUGUCAACAUUGGCGGAGCGUCUGCCGCCCGGCCCAUGCCACCACCGUGACCGGGCCAUGGCGGAUCCUUGGCACGCCACCGCGCCGCCGCCGCCGCUGGCCGUCAAGGGCGUACUGCGCGUGGCCAACAAGCCGCACGUGCGCCGUGGUCAGCUGCUGGUCUCUGCCGACCCGUUCGUCUACGUGCUGAAGGCGGAAGCCGCGCGCGUCCGUUGCGCGUUCUGCCUGGACAAGUCGGAGAAGCUGCAGCGGUGUUCCGGCUGCCAGGUGAUGUACUUCUGCAACCGCCACUGUCAGAAGAACGCCUGGAGCGAAUUUCACAGACUGGAGUGUCGCCGCCUGAAGCUGGCCUCGCCGCGCGCCGUACCCGACACAGCCCUGCUGCUGGCGCGGCUCAUCUGCAAGCUGCGUCGCGGUGGAGACCGCCUCUCGGAGCGCGUCACCGACACCCGACACCGCUCCUUCAAAGACCUCAUGUCGCACUACAAGGACAUAAAGGCGUCCGCCAAGCGGAUGGAGCACGUCAUGUCGCUGAACGUGGUGCUCAAGAGUUUCCUGGGCGAUGAAGAGUUCCCCAAUCUGUCGGAGUUGACUGGCAUGUACGGCCGGGUAUGCGUCAACGGCUUCAACAUCCUGGACGGCGAGAUGUCUCCAGUGGCAGUGGGCGUGUAUCUCGCUCCGUCCGUGAUUGACCACUCGUGCCAGCCCAACGCUGCCGCCACGUUCGCUGGCCGCACAAUCUCCAUCCGUGCUAUCGAAGACAUCCCCAGCUUCUCCUGGGAUAAGGUGCGGAUCAGCUACAUCGACACCAUGGCUGACACGGAGACGCGGCUGCGUGAGCUGCGCAACGGCUACUUCUUCGACUGCGACUGCCCGCGCUGUUCGGCCGGCGAGUUCGCUGACCUGGAGCGGGCGCUUUGCUGCGGCACGCCCAACUGCACGCGGCAGGUGAUCCUGCCGGCCGACGACUCGGACGAGCUCCCCCGCUGUGAGCGCUGCCGCUUCGACAACUACCCGACGGACGUGCGCGCCGAGUUUGACGAGCUGCGGCAGGCGACGCGCGCCGCUGCCCAGGACAACACAGUCUAUUACGACCUGUGCCUGCGUGUGCUGCGGCGGCAGGAGCCGCUGCUGCACCCACUUAACGUGUACCGCGUCAAGAUGCUGGACCUGGCGCUGGAGGCGGCCAUCAGCACCGACAUGUGGGAGCGCUGCCUGGAGCUGGGCCAGCAGCUGGAGGAGGGCUACCGGAAGUACUACGGACCAUACGGGGCGCUGACGGGCGUGUUCUACCUGAAGCUGGGCAAGAUUGCGCUCUAUCGGUUCAGGCACGAGCUGGCGGCGCGCUACCUGGGCCUGGCGGCUGACGUGCUGCGCGUCACACACGGCUCCGACCACCCGCUGUACGGCAGUCAGCUGGCGCCGCUGCUGCACCAGCUGGCCGCCGAGACCGACCGGCGCGGCCUGCCCUCGCGCUGAGCGCCCUCCUCCCGCGGCGGGGUCAGGCCAGGUGCACACCUCUCUGGCAUUUUUCUGCCCCCUCUGCGGUCGGUCGGGGCGCGGGCGCACCCGACCGCCAGGCGGGACCGUUCUCCGCCCAUCGCCUGCGCUGAGGUCAGGGUCGUUAGCUGCGCGGUGGGUCGUCUGACCCUGUGCGGAGGUCAAGAGCGGUCUCUGCCUCUGCUCAGUGCCGCUAGCCCAGGCCGGCCUUGUACUGCGAUGACGUCCGUCUGGCUCUCGCAGUGUCAGUCUUUCUAUAGUUGUUUUUGUGGGCGGGGUCGUGUCGCCCUUCUGUCCGACUGAUGUGUUUUUGUAUAGGCGUAUUCCAGUCUUAUGCGUAGUCCAGCCCACUCGCCAACGGCUAAUGACCAUUGACACCAUGCGUAACAAGUGCUCGAGUGGUACUGACAGCGUUUUGUUAGAUAAUACAUUUCCCGUGGUAGCCGA